AUGGAUGUACUUGGAACUGCUGUAGGAGUGGCUUCAUUUGGUAUACAAAUUUGUCAAGGUCUACUGACUUAUUACGGCUCAUGGAAGGAUUACCAUCAAGAUGUCAAGACAGCGUAUGAUGGCAUCAACGACCUCUCGAAGACCUUUCAACUGCUCAAGCAGUCGUUGGCAAAGCCAUCGUUGGACACUGAGAGGUCAACAAAGGUGGAGGAAUGCCUGAGCUCGUGCACGACAGGGCUGGGCCGUCUUGAGAAGAAGCUUAAGAAGCUGCAGAGCUCAAGCCAGCCGGUAGGUCUGAGGUCAAAAGCAUGGGCGGAAGUACAGAGAGCUUGGUACCCGCUCCGAGCCAGUACACUUGUGAAGCUGCAAGAGAUUGUGGGUGAUCUUAGACAGCACUUGUCUCUGGCACUGCAAGUUCUGCAGCUCGACCUCAGCGCAGCCUCACACCAGAAGCUGGUGGAUGUGGAUACACGUGUCGGAGAUGUCGCUACACAGGUGAGCAUUCUGCAGGUCGAUGUCCAGGCAUGGCAGGAUCGGGACAACUUUGAGAAGCUUGUCAAUUGGCUGUCGCCGCCAGAUCCCUCGCUGAACCACAACGCGGCGCGCAACAAGCACGAACAAGAUACUGGAAGAUGGCUACUGGAGAGUGGUGAGUACAAGCAGUGGAAGACUUCACGGGCUAACCUUUUAUGGCUGUACGGCAAGGCUGGUUGUGGCAAAACUGUGCUAUGCUCGACGGUGAUUGAAGAUCUGCGUGCGUAUUGCGGCCAGACGCCUAGCAUAGCAAUCGCCUCCUUCUACUUUUCAUUCGCGGACAAGCAGAAGCAGAGUUAUACUGCGCUCUUGUCUUCUCUAAUCAUUCAGCUCUGCCAUAGUCAGGUACCAUACGAGCGACUGCAGCAAUUGUACGAUGGCAUCUAUCCAGAGAAGCCAUCGCAGACUUUACUUUACGAGCUCCUAUUGCUAUGCCUUCAGCAGUACGAUAAUACAUAUCUGGUCUUGGAUGCGCUCGACGAAACGCCCGAGGAUGAUGAGGACAGGAGUGCGGUACUAGCAUGGCUUGGGUGUAUUGUGCGGGCUGUACCAAUUCUCAAGAUAUUCAUGACGAGCCGGCAGGUACAUGAUAUAGAGGUCACCGCUGACGCACUUCACGCGAUACCUUUGUCCAUUACAGCUGCAUUAGCCAAUGCUGACAUUAUAACAUAUGUUCAAGCAGAACUGUCAAGACACCCGAGGCUACGUCAGAUGGAUGCUAAGCUGAAGGCGAAGGUGCUGGAGACAUUCGAGCAGAAAGCCGAUGGCAUGUUCCGCUGGGCAUUCUGCCAGCUAGAAGAGCUCAAGCGGCUCAAGGGAAUGCGGCCGAGGUGGACUGAGAAGGCGCUUGAGUGUCUGCCGAAGAGCCUCGAUGAGACUUAUGAGCGCAUGCUCGUCCGAAUCAACGAGAUCUACCAGCCAGAGGCACUCAGAGCGCUGCGUUGGCUAUCGUUCCAGAUGAGGCCGCUCACACUUGGUGAAUUAUGCGAAGCAUGCCUGAUCGAUCCUGAGGCGGGAGGACGAGUUGAUCUGGAUAAUCGUGGACCCUUGGAGGAUAUUCUGGAGAUACUCGGCAGUCUGGUUCAUGUCGAGGAGGCAAACGAGAUCGUCGAAGACACAGUCAGCACAAUAGAUGAGAGCGCAGCCACCGAUGGCACCACAAUCACUCAGCCUACAACAUCUGUGAACAAUUGGGCAGCCUCAACUGUACGCCUCGCCCACUUUUCGGUCAAGGAGUAUCUCUCUUCUACUCGCAUCUCAGACGGCCCAGCCGCAGGAUAUGCCAUGCAGGCAAGUCGUGACCAGCCAAAUAUCGCAAACAGCUGUCUUGCGUAUCUGUUACACUACAGUUCCAGCCACGAGAAGCAGUCGGCUCUUCCAGAUCUGGAGACCUUUCCUCUUUUGCAGUAUUCUGCAUCUUGGUGGGCUGCUCACAUGACUUGGUUGGGACUUGAGCAACCUGAACCUCCCACUUUAGGUCAAGACAGUCUCCAAUAUCGCCUGCUCGGGAGCGAUGAUUAUCGUCGAGACUGGCAGAUGGUAUAUGAUCCGGAUGAGAGCGAGUGGAACAAAGGCGAAAAGGACAUGGCCAAACCUUUUGGGAGCAAGGAGAAAUCCUGCCCUUCGGCGUUGUACUACGCAAGCUCUCUUGGGCUUGAGGCUACCGUGAAGGAAUUUCUGCAGAACGGCGCAGACGUGAAUGAAGUGGGAGGAUAUUACAGCACUGCGCUUCAUGCCGCAGUAUAUCUCGGCCACAAGGAUAUCGUCCAGAUCCUGAUUGAUGCGGGCGCCGACCUCGAGUUCAGGACAGACAGGGCAUAUCCCAAGUCGAUUCCGGACACAUCGUCGGGUUUGAUUGCGAAGUUCCUGAACGUUGUUCUGGAGACUUCCGCGGACGUGAACGUGUAUGGCAGAAGAUGGGGCACGCCACUCCAGUAUGCUGCAAAGAAGGGCCAUCGAGAAAUUGUCAUGAUGUUACUCAAGGCUGGUGCGAAUGUCAACGCAGAAGGAGAGCCGCGCAGCGCACUACAGGAUGUGGCAAGGGCAGGAGAUCUGGAAACCGCCAGACUGCUCGUGAAAGCCGGUGCGGACUUGGAGAUGGAUAUAGAUGGACAUGGGACGCCGUUACAGCUUGCCUCGUGGUUUGGCAAUCCAGGAAUUGUGCAGUUCCUGAUCGAGGCUGGCGCCAACGUCAAGGCGAAAGGUUGUCACAAGAGCCAUGGAACGGCGGUGCACGCAGCGUCUUCGAGAGGCUUCACGGAUAUUGUUGAGAUGCUGGUCAAAGCCGGCGCAGAUGAGAGUCAGGCAGACGAAGAGGAGGAAGCCGACAGUACGCCGCAAUGUGCAUCGCAAUGA